AUGUCGGACGCCAAGGAGGACCUAAAUGCCACGGACUUGGAGUUAGAGAAUCCCGACCGUAAGGUGGUGAAGAGAGGCGCGCAAAAGCCGUACCUGGUCAACACAGCCAAUGCCCUUACUUUCUGUCUCAUGGUCGUCACAUGCAUAUUCUCGAGCGUGGUGGUGAGGAAAAUCGGAAUCAAAUGGACGCUUAUCGCGGGCACCCUGGGGUACGCCCCGUAUGCCGCUGGUCUCUACACGAACAACCGAUUUGGCACUGAGUGGUUUGUCCUCUUCGGAGCUGCUCUCUGCGGCCUGUCGGCGGGUAUCUUCUGGAUGUCCGAGGCAGCAAUUGCCCUGUCGUAUCCCGAGCCUUACAACCAGGGCCGAUUCUUGGGUCUGUGGCUUAGCUUCCGACUGGGCGGACAGAUCCUCGGAGGAGCCAUCAACCUGGGGAUCAAUGCCAACAGAAACGAAGCUGGGUCCGUGUCUUACACAGUGUAUCUCGUUUUCAUUGCACUGCAGGCGCUGGGGCCGUUUGCGGGGCUGCUCCUGAACAAACCAUCGCAGGUGCAGAGAAAGGACGGGGUGCCGGUGAAGCUGAAGAUCACAGCUGGAAGCACGGCAGAGCUCAAAGCAACGGCAAAGCUCUUCUUCAGCAAAAACUUCCUGUUGAUUGUGCCGCUGAUCUCGCAGGCCGUGUACUCGGAGGCGGUCGUCUUCACGUUCCAGUCGCUGUGGUUCACGGUGCGAGCGCGAGCAUUGGGGUCGUUCCUAUCGGGUAUCGUGGCCAUGGCAGCGGGCAACGUGCUGGGAGCAUUCCUUGACCGCACGCAGCUCAAGCUGCACACCCGGGCGCGGUGGGCCUUCUUCACGAUUCUCGGACUGCAGGGAGGAUGGUGGAUCUGGGCGACGGUGCUGGUGACCGAGUUCCACAAGACGCAGCCUACAUACGACUGGGUGGAUGGUGCGGGCUUCGGCAGAGGAUUUGCUCUGUUCUUGUUUAUGAUCAUCGGCUUCCAGAUCCAGUACAUGUACCUAUAUUUCGUGGUGGGCAACCUCGCCGACGACGAGGCCGAGGUAGUGCGGAUUGCUGGUCUGCUCAGGGCGACAGAAUCGGCGGCACAGGCAGUCAGUUACGGCUUAAACAGCAUUCCAAUCAUGGCCGAGGUCGGAGGGGUGUAUCUGAACUUUGGGCUCUGGGCCGUCUCGCUGCUGCCAGGAUGGCUUGUGGUUCGCCAGAUCGGGCACGGGUUGGGAGACAGGAAGGUGCAUCGCGAGGCAAACCUGGUGCGAGAAGUAGCAGCCGAAGCGACUGGAUCAGAGAACCGGUCGAGCUGA